AUGUCUAUUUCGACAAUCCGACGCCAGGUCAAAAAUGUUGCAUACAACUUCUCGGAUGCACAAGUCAAGGUUCGUGAGGCUACCAGCAACGAUCCUUGGGGACCAUCGACCGCCUUGAUGUCAGAGAUUGCUGACCUCACUCAUAAUCCCAUGGCGUUCACUGAAAUCAUGUCGAUUGUCUGGAAGCGGCUGAACGAUUCUGGAAAGAACUGGAGACACGUCUACAAGAGCUUGGUUUUGUUGGAUUUCCUCAUCAAAUGUGGACAUGAAAAGGUCGCUCAACAGUGUCGGGAAAACGUAUUCACUAUUGAGACACUGAAGGACUUCCAACACGUUGAGGACAACAGGGAUCAAGGACUUAAUAUUCGUGAGAAGGCAAAGCAGAUCACUUCGCUUUUGGCUGACGACGAGCGUUUGAAGAACGAGAGAACUCGAUUCAUUUUGACUAGAAACAAGUUCAAACAGAAUAAUCCUGGUCCGGUGGGUGCGGAGAGUCGCCGCAGCAAUCGCCAUCACAUUACUGAUGCCGCUCUUGACCCUGAAUACGAGGAGGCUCGUCCAUCAACAGCUACUGAGGAGGAAAUGCAACUCCAAAUCGCUCUGGCUCUAUCUCGUGAAGAAUGCGAGAAGGCCGAUGAGAUGCGCAAGAGUGACGAUGCUCGCCUUCAAAUGGCUCUUGAGGAAUCUCAGAAGGAAGCUGAUCGUUUGGCUACCACCAAACAGGGAACCGUUAGCAGCGGACAGCUCACCCAAUCGGCUCUCGAUGAUUUGCUCUCCCUUGGUGUCGGAGAACUUGUCAGCGGAAACAACGACCAACCAUCUUCCUCCGCUUGGGGAAUGACUGAUCCAUGGGGAGCUCCACAAUCCUCCGCUCCACUCACCAGCGAUCAAAUGUUCGGAUCUACCAACGACCCAUGGGCCAGCUCUACCGUCGCUCAACCAGCUGUCGCUUCCAACUCGGAUCCAUUUGCUGCAUGGGAUGCUCCAGCAGCCACAGCUCCAGCUACCACUACUACCUCCAACUCUUUCGAUCUCCUCGGUGGUGAUCUGCUCUCCCCAACCAACUCAUUGACUACCUCUGCCUCGGCACCAGCCACCAACGGAACCCGCAAGACCCCAGAGAACUUCCUUGGAGAGAACAAAAACCUCGUCAACUUGGACAACUUGUUGGGAAGCACUACUCCAAGCUCAUCAGGCGGAAACCCAUUCUUGACUAGUGCUGCCCCAGCUGCCAAUCCGUUUGCUGCUCAACAGCGAAAGUCGCCAACUUUGAACGAGAUGCGUGCUGCUCAGGGACAAGCUCCACCAAUUCCAUCGAUGGCUCCACGCGGAACACUUCCACAGGCUAACCCAUUCGCCAAUCCUUUCUAA